CUUUAAUCCAGUUCUAAAAAAGUGUCGUGUGUGGAGUGAAAAGUAAAAAAUACUGGCGACUAUGAAUUACGCCACAAAAAUUAUUUCUUUACUGUUAAUAUUGUCGUUUUCAUCUGCAGAAAUAAAGGCAGAAAACGGUGUUGAAAAAGAGAUUCUAAUCUCUUGUGUUUCCAAUAAAAAUGCUAAGGAAUUUAGCAAUUAUCAUUUGAAAUAUGAUCCAAUGAUGAGCACAAAUAAUUUCACAUUUCAAAAUGGUGAGAUUGCCAAACUCAAACAAUUGAUCGGAGAAAAUGAAAAAAUUUCGUUCUUUUUCCUUGGUUACGAGGAUUUCUUGCGGAAAUAUUCCGGCAGAAGUUUUUUAAUAGCAAGAGAAAAUAUGUUGAAUACAGGCGCUACUGCUUGCACCAUAAGUUACGAUUAUUUGUGUGGAAUUUCACUUUUGAAAAAACUACAGUAUUUUUCCGCGAUCGAAAAUCGAGUUCCGAAAGUCGUUGCUAUGACCAGUGCUCUUAUUCAGAAUAUUGUGGACUCCAAAGAAUUUAAAAUUAAUUUAUCUGAUGUGUAUUUAACGGGUUUUUGUUUGGGUGGACAUAUCGCUGGAAAUGUUGGAAGUAGACUGAAAAAAAUUUAUAAUGGACAAAUGGUACCUGCCAUUUGGGCAUUCGAUCCUCCUGGAAUUGGUUUCCCAUAUCCAAUAGAAGUGGGACAACCAGAGCGGGUGCAAAAAGGCGACGGAAAAUUUGUCGUUGUGGUACAUACAUCAAGUCUUGGCGUUCUAGAAAAUAUUGCCGAUGUUGAUGUUAUCGUAAACUAUGGCAGAGAUCAGCCGGGUUGUGAGAACAUGUUUUGCGACCAUUUUGCUGCGUUUAUUCUACUCGAAAAUAUCCUCUUACUGAAUGACGCAUUGCCAAAAAAUCAAAGAGGGUUCCCACUUGCACAUUCUUAUGAUUAUGCCAGUCAAUUUUCUUUUGAAAUCACCAAUCCACCAUCCAAGCAAAGCGGCACUUAUUAUUUGCGCACUGGAAAGAUAUUCGGAAAUGAUAAAUAACCAGUAAUGGCUGAUAAACGAAAACAAUAUUUUUUAAAAAAAAAUUUAAAAAAUAAACUUUGAUACAAAUUUAA